AUGGUGUUCAUUGACCUGGAUAAAGCGUACGAUAGCAUACCACGAAGCAUCGUUUGGGAUAACCUCAAGAAUAGAGGUAUUUCACGAAGGUACAUUAAGGUAAUACAGGACAUGUAUGUCAGUGUGUCGGUUAACAUAUAUACACCGAUAGGUAUGAUAGAGUCUUUACCAAUUAAAGUGGGACAGCAUCAGGAAUCAGCACUAAGUCAUUUCAUUUUUACGGUCAUUAUGGAGGAAAUCUCUAAAUCCAUCUGGGAGACUGUACCAUGGUGUAUGCUUUUUGCUAAUGAUAUAGUUUUGGUCGCAGAAACCAAGGAGGAGGCUAAUAGUAAAUCGAAAGAGUGGAGGAAAGUCUUGGAGGGUAGGGGGUUGCGCAUAAGCCGUACGAAGACAGAAUACUUGCGAUGCAAUUUCAGUGGGACACAAUCGAUAGGGGAGCUAGAGGUGACCAUAGGGGGAGAAGUAUUUACGUACGUCCAAGUUCAAAUAUUUGGGAUCGGUGAUUCAGAGUAA